AUGAGACUGCGGCAAUCUCUCAUCCUCCUGCCCGCGCUGCAGCUGCUCGCGAGGUUUACAGUCGCCGAGAUCGACGGCAAGCAGGUUGCACGAGCAGCUGCGCCCGCCUACAACAACGCCGUCCCUGACCCUUCGCCCACUGCCACGCCUCCGGGCGCCGUCAAGGGAACAAAAGAUGCGCCUGUUGACGGCUUCGACGGCAAGCCUCACGCGGGCCCGUACAUUGACGACACACCCACCUCGCACGACAAGAAGCCCGCUGUCGUAGAAGACCUGGGCACCGGCAAGAAGACAGUCGCCGGCUCGAAAGACUCCACCCUGGUCGGCGCCGAGGCCAAAGUGCUCGAUGGCGACAAGAGCGUCAUGCAGGACCCUGACCGGAAGCUGGCCACGGGCAAGACUGGCGUCGAGGGCGGCGUCUCGGCGAAGGACAAGGAGCGUCUGGCGCACGAGGACAAGACUGGCUCCAAGAAGGAGCAGGUGCCCACUUCACCCAAGGAGGCUCCGCCGCCGCCCCACGGCGAGCAGUCGCAUCUGAAGGAAGCCGCUGCCACAGAAAUUAUCUCCACACGUGUCUAUGGCGCUGUAGGCCUCGAGAAACCCACCGAUUUGCCAGACACUCCGCACGACGAUGCCCCCCACCCCGUCCCCGACUCUCUCUCGAAAGCAGACCCGCUGGACACCACACCCAAGUCCAAGACACCUGCCUCCAGCCCGCCCGACGAGGAGGCCGGCGGCGUCAUUCAGCCCUUCCACUCCUUCGUGCUCUCCUUCACAAUGAUCAUCUUCUCCGAGAUUGGCGACAAGACCUUCCUCGUGGCCGCUUUGAUGGCCAUGCGACACCCCCGCCUUGUCGUCUUCUCGGCUGCCUUCUCCGCGCUCGCCGUCAUGACGGUGCUUUCCGCUGUGCUCGGCCACGCUGUACCCGCCUUCCUUUCUGAGCGUUUCACACACUUGGCUGCUGCUAUUCUCUUCCUUGUUUUUGGCGUUAAGCUGUUGCGCGAAGGCCUCGCCAUGAGCCCAGACGACGGUGUCGGUGAAGAAAUGCGCGAGGUGGAGGAGGAGCUGGAGGAGAAGGAGCAGCUUGCGCGUUCCAAGGGUCGUCGUCGAUCAUCCAUCUCGCCUUACGCUCUUGAAUCCGGUCGUGCACGACGCUCUCGAUCCAGCUCCAGGCUGCCCGCUCCUGCCCGCAGCCCCUCCACCUCGCCCGACCGAUCUCCAUCGCCCAGAGGAUCUUCAUUUACUGGUGCUCUUAACGGCAUCAACAACCUCUUCUCCCUGCUCCUCAGCCCGGCUUGGGUGCAAACCUUCGUCAUGACCUUCCUUGGAGAGUGGGGUGAUCGCAGUCAGAUCGCUACGGUGGCUAUGGCUGCAGGCUCUGAUUACUGGUGGGUCACUGCCGGUGCCACCGUUGGACACGGUAUCUGUACCGCAGGCGCCGUUAUUGGUGGUCGCGCCAUCGCUGGCAAGAUCAGUAUGCGCAAUGUCACCCUCGGCGGCGCAAUUGCCUUUCUCCUUUUCGGUAUCAUCUACGCGUUUGAGACGUACUAUCACGAGUGA